GGGGCUGGUUGUGUGCUCCGCUCGUUAAAAGUUAUGUCGCUACGGAAUUUAACUACAAUUUGAACUGUUUGUUUCAAUAUGUGAUGUGAUUCUACGCACGUUGACUGCAACAAAGGAAGAUGUUUUCAGUGUGGAAGAUGGUAUUAAUGGCGGCGUCUACUACCUUUGUGUUCACAGCUGCAUCACCUCGAGAAGAUGGAGAUGUUCCAGCAGACGGAAUUAACAAACCCAAUACAAUUAGAUUCAUGAAUUUCUCAGAAAAGUGCGGUGAAUAUGAAUGCAGUCACAGCAACAACCAUCAACGGUUACCAGAGAGGAUAUCAUCAUCUCAUCAACAUCAUCUCCGGUCUACUUCAUACUCUAAUGAGGGUAAUUUUGAAGAAGAUGGUAAAAGAGUUCGACGAGGUCUAUCCGACGGACGCGUGGUAAUAACGCAUCAUUUCACGGAGAAAACACUGACACCAGGUGGCGAUGUGAGUAUGCAGUGCUCCGCCUCGGCAGAUCGGCCACCGCACAUCACGUGGCUAAGAGACGGGCAGCCUGUUUCCAGCAAUACUGAUCCCAGAUAUGCAUUGGGACAAGUUAUGAGGACGGACAAUUCAGUGCUGGCCCAGUUGAAUAUCACCAGGCUGAGGGUGGAAGAUGGAGGGUUGUACACGUGCGUGGCCAGCGAGGGCAGCCACGUGGCGACUUAUGAGAACAGGCUGGAUGUUUAUGGUCCGCCGUAUAUCCGGGCUCUACCACCAAUUAAAAUACAGAGCGGCGAGUCUCUGAAUCUGAGAUGCCCCUAUUAUGGAUAUCCAAUAAGCAAAAUCGAUUGGGAACACAAGAGUAAGACAAUAGGCUCAAAUUUCUUGUUCGAAUCCCGUUACAAGCGAAGCCAACGUGCAAGAAAGUAUAAACGUAGUGCUGCAAAUAUUCGAGGAGUAUUGAAUAUCCCGGAAGUGUCCAAGGACGAUAGCGGCGCCAUAUAUACGUGUACUGUUACAAGUCCGUCCGGGGAAAUGGCAAGACGUGCUUUUGAAAUACAAGUUGUGGAAGCUCCAAUACUGGAUGAUCUUUUGCUGGGGAAUAAUUUGCAGGAAGGACAGAUUGCAAAUAUCUACUGUAACGUGAGAACAGGCGACUUACCUAUACGUUUCGAGUGGUUGAAGGAUGGAAAACGAAUACCUAGCAGUUUGAAUGUGAUUGAGCGGAGUUCGGAAUUAUUCAGUGCUUUAGUAAUUAAGAAGGUGUCACUCGAACAUUGCGGUACGUACACAUGUGUGGCCUCUAAUCAAGUGAGCACUGUGAACAAGUCGACAGAGCUAUACAUCAAAGUUGCGCCGAAGUGGCUCAUGGAGCCAUCCAAUUCAUCGUUGUUGUUAGGAAGACAUGGAAGUAUCUCAUGCAGUGCCAGUGGAUACCCGGUGCCUCAGGUGCAUUGGAUGAAAAAAGACGCUAUCCUGGGUACAUGGCAACCCGUUCUGGAGUUAGCCGGCGGCGGUAUUCUCAGCUUACCGAACGGGACUUUGGUUAUUGAAGAAGUUUCGCUGUCCGACGAAGGAUUAUACUCGUGCAAUAUUGAAAACGGCGUUGGAGCGCCUCUUAGCAAGACUGUCUGGAUCACUGUGAAUAAGCCGGUCCACUUUGACGUAUCUUCCACGAAGGUGACCACACGUGUGUCUCAACCAGUUACUCUGGAGUGCCACGCGCUUGGCGACCAGCCCGUUAGAGUUGUCUGGACUCACGAAGGAAAUGUGCUCGAUCUGCAUGGGCACAGUAAGGACAAGACAACCAGGACGUUCAGCCGAUGGUAUUUAAUACGCCCUGCCCAUUGCAAUGCAGUGCCUCUGAGGAUUCUUGAAUAA